GCGGGGCGGGAUGCUGUCCCUGUGUUUCCGGUUCCGGUCGCGCAGGGAGAUGCUGCGGGUGCUCAACGGGCUGGGCUGGGUCACUCUCCAGCGACUCGGAGUUGCAGUGCGCACCAUGGCUGGAGUGCCCACUGUUUCGCUCCCCGAAUUGCGUUCGCUCCUGGCCUCGGGCCAGGCCCGGCUCAUCGAUGUGAGGACUCGGGAGGAGGCUGCUGCGGGGACCAUCCCCAGCGCGCUCAACAUUCCGGGCGUCCUUCCAGACCCAAUCUCUGAACCUGAGAGCGCCACCCCUACCCUCUUGACUCCCCCUCCAGUGUCUGAGCUGGAAAGUGCCCUGCAGAUGGAGCCAGCUGCUUUCCAGGCUUUGUAUGCUGCUGAGAAACCAAGGCUGGAAGAGGAGAAUCUCAUUUUCUUCUGUCAGAUUGGCAAGCGGGGCUUCCUUGCCACGCAGCUGGCCCAGGGCCUUGGAUAUGCAGGGGCUCGCAACUAUGCAGGAGCCUACAGAGAAUGGUUGCAGAAAGAAGGGUAGCUGAUGCCUUCCUGGUGGCACAGCCACUGGAGCCUGAAUUCUGUCCCCAGCCAGGGAGCUGACCCAUGUGGCUCAGGAGGCC